AUCAGAGUAGUGUUUGAUAUGUAACUACCGAGAGUACCGACAAUGAACCAUCUUGUCCUCUGAUCUCAUCGCAAAUUAGAGAAAUUACAAAUUACAAAUCCAUCACACAGCACAGCCUCGGCUAAGAAACUCUCUCUCUCUCUCUCUCUCUGUUCCGAAGCUGCAUUGCACUUUCGGUAUUCUGUUGCCUUCUGUGUCACUUGCAAGACAACAAAAUCGCUAAGCGCCUAACAACAAAUACGUAACAGUAACACCCAAUGCAAUGUGCUCAUUGCGUUGAGGAGAUUCAUUCAUCCAUUCGUUCAUUCAUAAACAAUCUCAUUAAGUGACCUUUCCUCUCUUCUAUAGCCUGUAACGAAGGGGGAUCUGUCUUCUCUCUCUCUUUCUCUUUGUCAACAUGGGAACUGCAGAAGAAAGAGCCAUUGCUGUCAUCAUGGUUGGAGGCCCCACCAAAGGUACUAGAUUCAGGCCAUUGUCAUUCGACAUACCUAAGCCACUUUUUCCAUUGGCGGGACAACCCAUGGUCCAUCACCCAAUUGCUGCUUGUAAAAGGAUUCCUAAUUUGGCUCAGAUUUAUCUAAUUGGUUUCCAUGAGGAACGCGAAUUUGCAUUAUUUGUUUCCUCCGUCUCAAACGAGCUUAAAGUCCCUAUUAAAUAUCUGAAAGAAGACAAGCCUCAUGGGUCAGCUGGUGGUCUUUAUAGCUUUAGAGAUCAAAUCAUGGAGGAUGAUCCGUCACAUAUUUUUUUGCUAAACUGUGAUGUUUGCUGCAGCUUUCCACUACCGGAAAUGCUUGAUGCUCAUAGAAAAUAUGGUGGGAUGGGAACAAUAUUAGUUGUUAAGGUUUCGCCAGAGUCGGCCAGUGAAUUUGGGGAAUUGGUAGCUGAUCCAGUAACCAAUGAACUGUUGCAUUACAUUGAGAAACCUGAAACUUUUGUAAGUGAUCUAAUAAACUGUGGUGUGUAUAUAUUUACACCAGAUAUAUUUACUGCAAUUGAGGGUGUUACUACUCAGCAGAAAAAUAGAGCUAAUCUAAGACGUGUCUCCAGCUUUGAAGCAAUGCAGCCAGACACAAGGAAUCUUUCUUCCGAUUAUGUCAGAUUGGAUCAAGAUAUCCUCUCACCUCUUGCGGGGAAGAAACAGUUAUACAUUUAUGAAACCAAAGACUUCUGGGAACAAAUCAAAACUCCUGGAAUGUCCAUAAAAUGUUCUGCCUUGUAUCUUUCCCAAUUUCGUCACAUCUCGCCACAACUAUUGGCAAAUGGAGAUGGUAUUAAGAAAGCCAGCAUCAGUGGUGAUGUUUAUAUUCACCCAUCUGCUAAAGUGCAUCCAACAGCAAAGAUUGGCCCUGGUGUAUCAAUAUCUGCAAAUGCUCGUAUCGGAGCUGGUGCAAGGCUCAUAAAUUGUAUCAUCCUAGAUGAUGCAGAAAUUAAGGAGAAUGCUGUUGUCAUUCAUGCAAUUGUCGGAUGGAAAUCUUCUAUUGGACGCUGGGCCCGUAUCCAGGCUAGCGGAGAUUACAAUGCAAAACUUGGGGUUACUUUGCUUGGAGAAUCUGUGAUAGUUGAGGAUGAGGUUGUGGUUGUUAAUAGCAUUGUCCUUCCACACAAGACCUUAAAUGUGAGAGUUCAAGAUGAGAUUCUUUUGUAAACUCCCUUAUUGCUUUGCUCCUAGUAUUGGCCUCUUCUUUUGCUUGUGAUCUUGCAUGGGAUUAUGUAUGAUAUCUAGUUUUGAAGCCAAAAAUGGCUACAUUUGUGCUUAGUACUCGAUUCCAUGCACACAUCAGCGGUGCUAUCAAAUGAAAUUAUUAGCAAGUAUAUGACAUUUCUUCAGCCAUUUUCUUAUAGUAGAUAUUAAGUUUUAUAAAACUACUAUAUGGACACAAAAUAGUCAUUAUGUAUUUAUGUAUAAAUAUAU